AUGAGUAAUGAAAUGACCCAGGAUGGCUCGUCCUCAAAGGAAUUGGAGAAAUUGGAGAAAAAGCUGAAGAAGGCAGAAGAGAAAAUGAAGAAAGCAGAGGAAAAAAUGAGGAUCGCAAGGGAAGAAUACGAGAGAACACAAGUCGAAGAUAGAUCUGCUGCUCAAGGUGUGAAUCAGCAAGGAGAAGUAAAGGAUAAGAGCAAAUCUAGCAAGAAGGAUAAAAAGAGAAAGAGGGAUAUAAACAAUCCACAAAUAGUAGAAAGCCAACUUGAGCAUGAGUCAAAGGUAGAGGAACAGGUCCAAGGAGAAGAAGUCGAAACUGAAGACAAACGAGUGGUUCAGGAAAAUGGGGAAUCAAGCAAACCAUCGAAGAAAUCAAAGAAAGAUAAGAAAUCGAAGCUUCAAAAUGACAAUAAGGUGCAAAAUGUCAAUGCAGCUGGGAAUGAUACUGAAUCGCCAUCGGCAGCAGCAGCAGCAGCAGCAGCAGCACCUUCAGACAUAUUCAAUGAUUCUUCACUAUCUGAUCAAGCCAAGAAAAAUAUUUAUUACGCAUAUUUACAUAAAUCAUCCCAUGAUUCAGAAGGAAAGUUUAUCUCUCAGCAGACCGAGAACGAAAAGGAUGGUGAAAAAAGUACGAAUUGGAAAUUCAGCAAAGCGAAACAAAACUGGUUAAUAAGAAACAUAUUUUCAUCAGAUGAGAUUCCCGAUAGAUACGUUGAAUUGGUUUUGGGGUAUCUCAAAACAGUUCAAGGUUCUUCAAGGGCUAAUAUGGUUGAAUCAGCUAAGAAAAUAAUCACUCCUCCUUCCGCUGACACUUCCACCACCACCACUGUCGCCGCCGCCGCCGCCGAACCCACUUCAUCCACUACCGAAAUCCCAUCUGAAUCUACGGAGCAGCGCGAACAAGUUGUCAAUGAUGUAGUUCAGGAAGAUACCGAUAGAGUCGAACAAACUAUCGUCCCGAAAGAACAAGAUCAAUCAAAAUUGAUCAGAGCUGAGAAAUUAUUGAAAACAAUGGAAACUGAGUCAUCUUAG